GGGCGGGCCGCGGUGGAAGUUCUCACCAAGAUGGAAGGCGUUUGCUGGAAGAGGUGAAGACGAGCAGCUGGCUGACGCCUGAUACCGCGAGUUCGCGGCAGUCAGAGGAUUUAUUGCCCGCGCACUUUGAAUAACAUGGCCUCUGCCCUGGAGGAUCCAACCUUAGAACACAGCUUUAAAGGUCAUAAAGAUGUCAUCACAAGUGUUGAUUUUAACCCAAACAACAAGCAGCUUGCAACUACCUCAUUUGAUCAGCACCUUAUGAUAUGGAACUUGAAGCCUCAGACAAGAGCCUACCGAUUUACAGGACACAAAGAUGCUGUGAUGUGUGCCCAGUUCUCUCCAUCAGGUCACCUGGUGGCAUCUGCUUCACGGGAUAAGACUGUUAGACUCUGGACUCCAAAUAUCAAAGGGGCAUCAACAGCAUUCACAGCCCACAGUGCCACAGUUCGCAGUGUGAAUUUCUCCAGCGAUGGUAAUUUCCUGGUUACAGCAGCUGACGACAAAUCAGUAAAGGUGUGGAACGCUCAUCAGCAGCGGUUUUUGUUGUCCUUUAAAGAACACAAUAACUGGGUGCGCUGUGCUAGGUUCUCACCAGAUGGAAGGCUUAUAGUGUCCUGUAGUGAUGACAGAACUGUUAAGAUCUGGGACACAGCAAGUCGAGAGUGUAUCAAUACUUUCACUAAUCAUGGGGGGUUUGCCAACUUUGUAGAUUUUAACCCCAGUGGGACCUGUGUAGCUUCAGCAGGAACCGAUAAUACUGUGCAACUUUGGGAUGUCCGUAUAAACAAACUGCUGCAACAUUAUCAGGUCCACAGUGCUUCAGUGAACUGCUUAUCUUUCCAUCCUUCUGGCAACUACCUUAUUACUGCAUCUAGUGACUGUACUCUCAAGAUAAUGGACUUGUUGGAAGGACGAUUAUUUUAUACUCUCCAUGGACACCAGGGUCCUGUAAUGGCAGUGACAUUUUCCAGGCAAGGCGAAUAUUUUGCUUCUGGUGGAAGUGAUUCACAGGUAUUAGUGUGGAAGACAAAUUUUGAUAGUGUUCCAUACAAUGAAGUCUUGAAACAUAAUAUUGUGCGAACAAAUCCUGAAGCCCCUCCACACAUUACUGAUAUUCACCCAAGAAUUCCUCACUGGCAUAAUCCCAGAUCUCAAACGAUACAGAUUAAUCCCAGGACCGAUGUAGCUGACUUGCAAACAUCUGAUCCAGUGGUGAUGGACGCUGGGAGAGGUUUCGUCCCUGAUCCCCGGUCAAGACCGGUGGAAACAAACUGGGGCUCACUUUUAACCAACCAGGUGAACAGAUCCAUUGAUGCCCCUUUGCCAGCCAACUCCUACCGGCUGGACCCAGUUAACAAUGAACCCACAGCCUGCUCUCAAAGAGAUCACACGGGUAUCCCAUCAGAACUUACCGAAACAUUGGGGCGCAUUGUGGAGCAACUGGACGUUUUAACCCAGACUGUGUCGAUCUUAGAGCAGCGUUUAACAUUAACUGAAGAUAAGCUACAGGAGUGCCUGGAUAACCAAAGCACUAUGCUGCAAGAAAGACCACCCUAGUAAAGUGAAAAACCUCAAGAGAUUUGGACUUUGAGCCUCCUGUAUUUAAAUAUGGCUUUCUAUUGAAAACAAUGCUUCAACAUCAAGCCUUUCUUUACUUACAGAGUGUGGGCUCCACUUGGAUAUGACUGAGUCCUUGCACUGAAACCUUAAAACAGCCUCUACCAAAUCUCUAUGCUCUUGAAUUAUCCUCUCCUGCGUAAUGCUUCCAAACAUUUGAUUUCCACAGUAUGCAUGGAGUGAGUGGAACACUUGAGUGCUUCUCAAUCAUGGGAUUUCCUUUCCAAUGCAGGUCAACUCCUUAUUAUGGAGAAUACAUCGUUAUACAUUGCAAGAUAUGGCACUUACAAGACUAUAUAUUCAGAUGCAUGUAAUCAAGAAGAAAGUGCAUCUGAACGUGAUUAAUUUUCCACGUUUCUACAAAACUACUUGAAAAACUCACUUUAAAGUUUUAUAGAUUCAUUUGUAAGAUUCAGAUUAAUGGAAGUUUUUUAUUAAGUGUCAUAAGCUAAUAGUGUUCUGUAAAACACUUAUUUUAAAACAACUUUUUAAUAAAAAAAUUGUUAUCAUGAAAUACAUUUACAUGGAAGCAGAAUUUUUAAGGAAUGUUUUCACUGAUAUUUCAAUUGAUGUUAAUUGGUCAGACUAAUUACCUGAAAUGCAUAUUAUCAUUUUGUACUCUAGAGUUUAAGUGUGUUGAGUUCCUAACACCUUCUAUGCAUCAGAGCCAGGCCAGCAUUUCAGUGCAGUACUGUAGGAUAUCCUGCAGAUGAGACUUUAGACCGGAUCCUAUCUGCUGUCUCAGGUUGAAAUAAAGGACCUCGUGGCAUCAUUCAAGGUAGACCAGGUGAAGUUAUUGCUAGUGCUCUUGGCAUCUGUUAUCCCAUGGCAAAAACAAAAUGUUAUCUGUUACACAAACAAAAUGCUGGAGGAACUCAUCAGGUUAGGCAGCAUCUAUGGAAAGCAGUAAACAUCGACCUUUCAGGUAGAGUCCAGAUGAAGAGUCUCUGCCUGAAACUUUGUUUAUUCCCCUCCACAGAUGCUACCUGACCUCCUGUGUUCCUACAGCAUUAUGUGUGUGUGUUGCUGUGAAUUUCCAGCAUCUGCAGAAACACCUUGAGUUUAGAUUAUUUGUUAUUUAUUCCAUUGCCAAGCAAUGAAGAACUAAUUGGUUUCCUAAUUUCUAUAUUAAAAAUUUAACUGCACUUUAAGAACAUUUUAUUGGUUUUAAAGUAUUUUGGGCAUGAUGAUGAGAUGAAAAUUCUUCAAAGUUGAAAACUCCUCAUUUGGCAAGUUUCAGUAGCUUCCUAUCCCAUCCUGUAGUACAGUAAUCCAUUCUCAUCAGUGUUAAUGACAUAAAUGACUUCACCCUGGCAGCAAAAUUGUAAUCAUGUUGUUCAUAAACACAACCACUGACAACCACAUCUAUAAAUUUGCCAAUGACACAACUAUUAUUGGCAGAAUGCUGAUGAGGAGGAGGCUGAGAUCAAUCAGCUGAUUUGAGUGGUGUUGCAACAACAACCUUGCACUCAAUGUCAGUAAGACCAAGGAAUUGAUUGUGGACAUCAGGAAGGUUAAGUUGAGUGAACACACACCAGUCCUCAUCGAGUGGUGAGCAGUUUUAAGUUCCUAGGUGUCAACCACUUUGAAGAUCUAUCCUGAGCUCAACAUAUUGAUACAAUUACAAAGAAGGCACAGCAGUUGGGAGUUUGUGAAGACAUGGUAUGUCACCAAAGACUUGCAAUACUAUGGAGAGCCUUCUAAUUGGUUGCACCUCUGUCUGGUAUAGAGGGGCGACUGCACAGGAUUGUAAACAGCUGCAAAAAGUUGUGAACUGAACCAUCUCCAUCAUGAGCACUAGCUUCCCCAGCAUCGAGGACACCUUCAAAAGGCGAUGCCACAGAAAGGUGGCAACUAUCAUGAAAGACUGCCAUCACCCAGGACAUGCCCUCUUCUCGUUGCUACCAUUAAGGACAAGGUAUAGGAGCCUGAAGACACACACUCAACGUUUCUGGAACAGCUUCUUCCCCUCUGCCACCAGAUUUCUGAAUGGACAAUAAACCUAUGAACCCCAUCUCACUUUUUUUUUGGUCUCUUUUUGCAUUACUUAUUUAGUUUCUUUAUUAUUAUGUAUUGUAAUUUACUGCUGCUGCAAAACAAUAAAUUUCACGGCAUAUGCCAGUGGUAUUGGACCUGAUUCU